AUGGAGCCAAUGUCUGCUGGCAUCUUGCGAGAUACUUCUCAGCCAUGGGCAUUGGGUUAUCGCCAUGAGAAUAACAGUGGCAAUCAUGUUGGAAAAGACUACAGUAUCGGGACCUCGGAGGACCUCGACGAAGCCAGUCGUUCAUCCUCAGCAGAGGGCAAGAGUGUCUCGACUCGUACUACUGAUCGCAGCGAUGCAUCGGCUGUUGCAACGAGCAUCACCACAGACCUCGACACCGACGACAGAAACACCGACAGCUCCAACAACAGCGCAAAUAAAGCCGAUGUUGCGCACAUACUCCCAAUGCCUUCAUGUUUGCUUGAUGGGCCGACGGACGGCGAAGCUGCGCUGUGCUACGUUAGAGAACUCACGAUCGACGAUGAAGAAAGAGACGAGGCUGAAAAUGCUUCGCCUGGUGCUACUCCGUCCAGUGCCGCUUCGUCUUGUGCCACCAACACUGCGGCCGCACACGCCAAGCGUACAUGUCUCACCCAACCACACGGGUGUGCGGAUGUACGCGUUGGCUUUGGCGGCGAAAUACCACGUUGGCCCAAGGGCUCCGUACUCACCUAUGUCAUCUGCGGAGAGAAUUUCCCACACCAUCUCCCGAUAGAAGAAGCCAUGAGAGCAGCGGUCAGUAAGUGGCAGAAUAUUGGGGUGACCUUUAAGCAAGUUGGCCGCAAUGAUCCAGCCACGUUCGCCGUCACCUACGAGAAGGGAGACCCAGCAGUCUAUGCUCGCUCCUUUUUCCCAAAUGAAGCGCGACGCAAGCUGACCGUCUAUGAAUACACCACUCUUCAAGCGGCCGAAUGCCUAGCUGGUAUUCUGUCCCACGAACUCGGCCAUAUUCUAGGCCUUCGACACGAGUUUGCCCAUGCCCGUGAGAAUGGAAUAGGAAUGCAAUCUUUUCUUGUUGGGAGCGAGAAUCCCCAGUCAGUUAUGAAUUACUUCGACGAUCCUAACGAUUUCCGAGUUCAAGAACAAGACCUUGAAGAACUCAAGCGCUUCUAUGAAGACGAUAGGGUAGAGUAUGGGGGGCUGCUCAUACGUGACAUCGAUCCAGCGGUAAGGCCUUUUGACAAAGACGAUGAGCCAAGGAAUCUGAUCGCCAGCUUGGUCACUGAAUUGCGCUGA